CGGGAGCCGGUCUGGCCGCCGCCGUCCGUCGAGCCAGCCGAGCUGGCGCUGUUCUUUGACGGCGCGCCGGCCGGCGUGGGCCGCCGGGGCGAGCCGCUGCCCUGCUACCCGGGCUUCAGCGGCACCGAUCCGGGCGCCAUGGCGCGCUACCACCACUGGCCGCAGGAGCUGCUGUCCGACCUACGGUGGCUCGACGAGUACCACGGUCUGCUGAAGGUCAUCAAACACGACUACGAGAAGCUCAAGGACGAGGAGGUGGAGGGAGCCAAGGGCGCCUUCCUGUUCGCCCAGUACCGCUUCCUGGCCAUGUCGUGGACGCGCGCCCAGGAGGUGAAGCGGAAGAUGAUGGGGGAGGGAUCGAUGGAAGCAGUUCUAGGGACAGACAGCGAGAGCACUACCCGUAAAGACACUCACAGGGACGGACCCAGAGGGGCAGCUGAAUAGCCAGCCCGCGCGGCGAGUCUGGACCGCCGGGAGGAGCGGACACCCUCCCCGACCAGCCCAGUCUCGCUGUACGAGUGGAUCUACGAGCGGUCGCCGGCCGCACAGACCGA